GCGGAGCGCGGCGGGCGGGCACAACCAGGUUAGCGGCUGCGAGCGGAGUCGGGCGGCGGCGGCGGCCGGAGCUGAAUGCUCGCGGGCUCACUGCGGCUCCACUAGUUUUCUUCGCCCCGCGCAGCGCCCACUCGCCUCCACUGGGGAAGAAGAGUGGACAGUGCUCAGCUCGAAAACUCUGGUGUCUCAGCUUAGGGCCUCCACGGAGGAGAGCCAAGUGCUCCCAGGUGAAGCCGGCGCCCGCGGGCGGUCCCUACACCCCGUAGCCGCCUCGCACCGCUCGGGAGCCUCGGCCGCCGCGUCUUCCACGCCUGCAGCUCGGCCAAGGCGCGCGGGGCGGGUGGCGUCUCCUGCGGGGUAAGGGGGACCAGGACGGCGAGGAUGGAUGCGCAGACCUGGCCCGUGGGCUUUCGCUGCCUCCUUCUCCUGGCCCUGGUUGGGUCCGCCCGCAGCGAGGGCGUGCAGACCUGCGAAGAAGUUCGGAAACUUUUUCAGUGGCGGCUGCUGGGAGCUGUCAGGGGGCUGCCGGAUUCGCCCCGGGCAGGACCUGAUCUUCAGGUUUGCAUAUCCAAAAAGCCUACAUGCUGCACCAGAAAGAUGGAGGAGAGAUAUCAAAUUGCAUCUCGCCAGGAUAUGCAGCAGUUGCUUCAAACAUCCAGCUCUACCUUAAAGUUUCUAAUAUCUCGAAAUGCGGCUGCUUUUCAAGAAACCCUUGAAACUCUCAUCAAACAAGCAGAAAAUUACACCAGUAUCCUUUUUUGCAAUACCUACAGGAACAUGGCCUUGGAGGCUGCUGCUUCAGUUCAGGAGUUCUUCACUGAUGUAGGGCUGUAUUUAUUUGGUGCAGAUGUUAAUCCUGAAGAAUUCAUAAACAGAUUUUUUGACAGUCUUUUUCCUCUGGUCUACAACCACCUCAUUAACCCUGGUGUGACUGACAGCUCCCUGGAAUACUCAGAAUGCAUCCGGAUGGCUCGUCGGGAUGUAAGUCCAUUUGGUAAUAUUCCCAAAAGAGUAAUGGGACAGAUGGGGAGGUCCCUGCUGCCCAGCCGCACCUUUCUGCAGGCCCUCAAUCUGGGCAUUGAAGUCAUCAACACCACAGACUAUCUGCACUUCUCCAAAGAGUGCAGCAGAGCCUUUCUGAAGAUGCAGUACUGCCCACACUGCCAGGGUCUGACUCUCAGUAAGCCUUGUAUGGGUUACUGCCUCAACGUCAUGCGAGGAUGCCUGGCACACAUGGUGGAGCUUAACCCACACUGGCAUGGAUAUAUCCGGUCACUGGAAGAACUGUCAGAUGCAAUGCAUGGAACAUACGACAUUGAACACGUGCUUCUGAACUUUCACUUGCUUGUGAGUGAUGCUGUGAUACAGGCUCACCUCAAUGGACAAAAAUUAUUGGAACAGGUAAAUAAGAUUUGCGGCCGCCCUGUAAGAACACCCACACAAAGCCCUCGUUGUUCUUUUGAGCAGAGCAAAGAGAAGCAUGGAAUGAAGACCACGGCAAGGAGGAGUGAAGAGACACUUGCCAACAGAAGAAAAGAAUUUAUCAACAGCCUUCGACUGUACAGGUCAUUCUAUGGAGGUCUAGCUGAUCAGCUUUGUGCUAAUGAAUUAGCUGCUACUGAUGGACUUCCCUGCUGGAAUGGAGAAGAUAUAGUAAAAAGUUAUAGUCUGCGUGUGGUUGGAAAUGGAGUCAAAGCCCAGUCUGGAAAUCCUGAAGUCAAAGUCAAAGGAACCGACCCCGUGAUCAAUCAGAUUAUUGAUAAACUGAAGCACGUCAUUCAGUUGUUACAGGGUAGAUCACCCAAACCUGACAAGUGGGAGCUUCUUCAGCUGGGCAGUGGAGGAGGCAUGGUUGAACAAGUCAGUGGGGACUGUGAUGAUGAAGAUGGCUGUGGGGGAUCAGGAAGUGGAGAAGUCAAGAGAACGCUGAAGAUCACAGACUGGAUGCCAGAUGAUAUGAACUUCAGUGAUGUAAAGCAAAUCCAUCACACAGACAGUGGCAGUACUUUAGACACCACAGGAGCAGGAUGUGCAGCGGCAACGGAAUCUAUGACAUUCACUCUGAUAGGUGUGGUGAUGUUACUUCCUGGGAUCUGGUAACAGGGCACUUCUGUCCUGACAUAUCUUACUUCAGUCUCGAUUUCUUCUCUGUCUUCUUCUCUGGAAUAAGAGAUCCUUUUUCAAUGUAACAAUUAUAUUUAUGAAAAGAUGUCACACUAACUUCUCAGAAGCCAAGCUGAAACAUUCAUAAAGUCCCUAAAACUCAACGUUUAAAUAAUACACUUUAAAAUAUGUCUUCUUCGAAUCUAACUGAAACCUACUUAACUUCUAAUACAACGAAUCUGAAGAUAUGAAGGGCACAGAGUGACUGGAAUAAGAAGAAUUUACAGUAUCUGUAAUUUUAUUAUCAAUUCCAAGCCCCUUCCUUUCUAGAUCAAAAAUGUUUCCAUUUGAAAGUGUAUUUGCCAGACAAUGAAAACAGUAUGUAGUAUUUCUUAAAGUACUGAAACUAGAAUAUCAUGAAAUAAAUCAAAACACACAAUGGCAAGUAGUAUGCAUGCAUAUUCAACAGACUCUUCCAUUUUUGCAAGCUGUAGAAGGAAAUGUCUGAAAGUCUGUAAGUUAUCGAGUAGAUUAUUGAGAAGCAUUUCACAUUUCACUAAAGAACUUCAUAAUUUUGAUCCACUGUAACUUAGCCACUGACAGACCUUAAAGCUGAGUAUUUUAGUAGCACCUGACUGUACUCCAUUAUAUUCAACAUGCAUCUCUAGUAUCGUGGCUCUGUUCCUGCCUCCCUCUUUGCCCCAUAGAUUUGCCUGUGUUGGGAAGCAUACGCUUGCUCUAGAAAUAUCUCCAAUAAAGCUCUUAAUUAUUUGGUGGAAAA